AUGUCCUCUUCUCUACUUGGCCCAACAAUUCUAAUUUCGCUGAUUUUUUGUCUCUGCGUCUCUUCACAACACAACAAUGAUCUCUAUCAACGUAAAAUUCGAAGUUUUCCGUAUUCGGUGUCUUUUUAUAAAAUGCUCGGGUAUGAUCGACAUUUGAGGCCUUAUUAUGGGCUGAAUGAUGAGGUAGGAGUGGUUUUUGGGAAAAUUUUCGAAAUCAGCGUGAAAUUUCGGACCAGGCUACACUUUAAAUUUUUUUUUUGAAAAAUUUGACCCUUGGGGGUCCUUUAACUCGAAAAAAAUUUCUCCCAAACCUGGGCUUGUGGUAUAUCAAAACACGUGGAAUUUCACGCUGAUCUCAAAUAUCUAGUUUUCUUUUUGGAAAUUUUGAGUUUAACAUGAGCAAUGCCUCAAAAACCGAAAAUUUCAAAAGUUUCUUGUGGUUUUUUGAGAGUUAGAGUAAGUUCCAAGAAGAAAAAAGGUGAUUUUCAAAAUCAGCGUGAAAUUUUGGACCAGGCUACACAUUUCAAAAAAAAAAAAUUUUAUGUGACCCGGGUCCUUUAACUCAAAAAUAAAUUUUUCCCAAACCUGGGCUCGUGGUAUAUCAAACGGCGUGGAAUUGCAUGAUGAUCAAGAAAAUCAACUUUUAACAUGAGCAAUACCUCAAAAAACAAGAUUAAUAUGAGCAAUACACUUACAAGCAUAAUUCUAACCUGAGCAAUUCAAUUUCAGGUGGCGGCUCUAAUAGAUUCGAUGAACAGAGAAGAUGGCGAUUUUUUGACAGCACAAAGAAAUAGAAGAAGUCCACAGAAUGAAGGUUUGUGUAUUUUUUGAGCACCAAAAAUAUGGAUUUUUGGGAAGUGCAAAAAUGUUUAUUUUCCAUAUAGAAAAGUAUCAAAUUUUGCUCUUGGUUUGAAAAAUGUUUGAAAAAAAGUUUGUUUUUUUUUCAGAAGUGGAAGUGAUCAGCAGUGGACCAAAAUGGAAAAGUGAGUUGCUCAUUUUAGAAAAAACAUUUUUUUUGAAAUUGGCGUGAGAUUUGCAACCUAUUGAUAUCCAACAAGCCUAGAUUCAAAAAGAUUUUUAGGAAUUGCUCAUGUUAAAACCUAAAUAGAUUUCAAAAAAAAAAUGAAAUUCAAGUACAUCCUUCCACUUUUAGGUGUUGCUCAUAUUAGAAAUUUUCAAAAAUAAUUUUUUUUUCCACCAUUGCUCAUAUUAACCAAACUUCUUUCAGGAUUCGCAUGUCGAUUGAAGUUCUGUAGAAUCUACUAA